AUGGCUCCUCUAUCUCGACCACCCAGAGAUGUAAUCCUAAACAACACCGUACUGGAUACAAUUCAAAAAAAACCCCAUAUUUUCAAUAUUACUACACCCAUUAAUGUUGACUGCUUUCGAACCCUCCUAAACUCUCAUCCGAACCAAGAUUUUGUUGAAUCUGUGUGUACAGGCUUCAGACAAGGUUUCUGGCCUCGAGCAUCCAGUGAUAAACCUGGGACUCCUUUGCUAUAUGAUCCUCACCAAUUCGCUUUUGCUUGUGAACAGCGAGAUAAGGAGAUCAACGAAAAUGUUCCAGUCGUCGCUGUCCCAAAACCCGAUACAGACAAAUUUUGUCUCGCUGUAGACCACAGUGCCAAACCUUUUGAUGUUAAGAUCAAAAUGGACAACCUACACGAUUUGGGUGCUACUCUUAUCCGUGUUCGCCGCUUAGUGGUGUUCAAAUCAGAUGUAUCUGCUGCAUAUCAUCGAAAGCAAGUGGUUGGUUUCGGGGACGGAUACAAUGUUGAUCAAGGGGGUUUGUUUGGAUGUUUCAUGGCAUUGAUGUUGUGGGUGGCCAUUUAUGUGAAAUUCAUUGUCGAUUUGUUCGCCUGGGUCGACAAUACAUUUGGUUGGGAUUUUGAAGGAAAUUUAGCAUAUUACACACCUUAUGCCGAACUCCUGGAAUUUUGGGAUGAAAUCAGUCUGCCUCAUGAUAAACCGAAGCAGAACUGGGGCACCGAACUCUUGAUUCUAGGUUUUAAUGUGGAUCCUAACGCUAUGACCAUCACGAUGACUGCGAUCCGGAAGUUCGCAGGAGUUGGAAACCGUUGGACGCUCAAGGAAUAUCAACACCUUGCUGGUUGGAUUAACUGGGCUUUAAAUGUUUACCCUCUACUUCGUCCAGGCCUUUCUGCGUUAUACGAGAAAAUGGCUGGCAAGACUGAAUCUAACCAGCAGAUCUGGACAAACAAAGCUGUAGUGCGAGAGUUGCUGUGGUUGGUGGAGAAACUAGACGUCCUGAGUGGUGUAAGAAUGCUUGAAAAUGAAGAAUGGGGUUUUGAAGAGGCUGACAUCGUCAUGUACUGCGAUGCUUGUCUGACAGGCAUGGGAUUCUGGUUAUGCCAUGACGGCAACAUGUUGGGCUAUCAAUGCUCAAUUCCGGAUGAUCAUGCUGACGGAAAACCAAUUUUCUACUUUGAAGCACUCACUGUUGUCUCUGCCAUCCUCUAUGCUAUUCAACUUCCUUCUAUCCUCCGAGUUUUUGUGUUCACGGACAACACCAACACUGUCAAUAUGUUUUACUCUCUGAAAGCAAAACAGCUAUACAAUCCUCUUUUGCUCACUACUGUUGAUCACACCAUACGCUCAGAUGCCCAAUUUCACAUUGCACAUAUUUCUGGAGAGGAGAAUGGCAUUGCAGAUGCCCUGUCACGUUUUGACUACACCCGUAUCUCGUACCUGGCACCAUCUAUGACAAUCUAUGAUUUUACACCCCCACGGCUUUUCGCGAAGUCUGGAGCCAGGAAUGCCUGCUGCACGAGCGUAACAUUGCGCUUGGCAGUGUCCUCUUACACCUCCGCUGUUCAAUCCUACGUGACUUUUUGUCGCACUCAUGAUUUCCCUGUUGAUCCAACAACAGACACCUUAUCUUUCUAUGUUGUCUACAUCUGCCACUUCAUUAAACCGAAAUCCAUCUCCAGCUACCUCUCUGGAAUCUGUAACCAGCUCGAAGUUUCUCAUCCGCAUCCAAUUGUGAAGCGAACACUGCAAGGUUGCAAGAAGAUUCAUAUUUCCAUUGCCUCCAGAAAACGGCCGCUUCAGUGCACGGAACUUACUAAAGUAUUUGACAAACUUCAUUCAUCCCCGUCUUUCGACGAUCAGCUUUUCUUGGUAUUGUUAUACAUUGGUUUUUUUGCUCUCAUGCGAUUGGGAGAGUUGGUUUUCCCCGAUAAGAAUGUCCUUCAGGAUUUCCGAAAGGUUAUCAUGCGGUCGUCUUUCCUUGCAAAUGACAAUCAUAUCGAGUUCAAUCUGCCAACACAUAAAGCAGAUCGCGCAUUCGAAGGAAACCAAAUCGUAAUCAAGGCUACGUCAGAUAGAGAUGAUACUGGUACAGCCGCUGUCAUCAGGGCUAUACCCGUGUUCACCUAA